GAAAUUCAGAAAGAAAAAUAAGUAAACAGAGAAAGAAGAUAGAAGACUAGAACGAUGGGUUUGGUGGUGGUCAUAUCUCUUCCUCUAAUUUUCUUCUGCCUUCUUCUCGGAUUCGGCUGCUACUUCCUUGGCAAAUCUCGUGGCCGUCGUGAGAUCCAUACAAAUCCUCAGGUGUAUGGAGUUCCGGCUCCGCCACCCGGCGCAAACACCUCCGCAGCGUCCUCUCCACCCUUGUCUCCUCGUACCAAGCCCGACAACUCCAACAACGUCUAAUUUUCUAUCUCCUUCUUUACUGGAAGAUGCUUUUGCUUUUGUUUGAUUCAUUGUGAAUUGCUGUAUGAUUUUGUUUUUAUUCUUUGAGGAUAUGCUCCUUUCUUGUUUGGUGGAUUUUCUUAUGUAAAUUUAAAGCUUUUGAUGUCAUUAAAAAUGUUCAAGGAGUGGUACGGACCUUUUGGUCUCAAGAAUUUGAUUAAAACUGAUAUUUUUUACCGCUCAAAGUAUUUAAUAACAUAGUGUAAUCAAGCCAAUAAUAAUAACGAAUUGCAG